CAAAAAUAAUUUGGAACGUUUCAUUUUUUUUAGUAUAUGUUAAAGUUUUAUUAUCUUAAUCUAGGCUAAGGAAAUAAUAAAUAAGAAUAGUUACAAGUUAACCUUAACCACUUCAACAAACUUACAUUUCGCAUAAGCAUAUCACGUUGACUUGAUAAGAAUCAACGAUAAGGAAGGGAUUAAUUGUCUUGGCCAUACGUUUGCCCAUUUCAAGUGUUACUGUAGUCACGAGACCUAUUCCUUUGAAUGUAGAAAACCUCUAAUUGGAAUUGGUUCUUAUUUGGCUGCUUGCAACAGUAUCUUCAAGAUGCAGCUGUCAUGGAGUGCAAAAACCAUCAAGUACUUGAUGUUCCUUUUCAAUUUAUUUUUUGUGAUAACAGGAAUUAUAUUUAUUGGAGUAGGCGUGACAGUUAAAACAGUAUACACAGACUAUUCAUAUUUUUUGGAUGGCAAGUAUUUUUCCCUGCCUAAUAUGCUGAUUGCAACUGGGGUAUUGAUAUUCUUUGUCUCUUUCUUUGGAUGCUGUGGAGCAAUAAAGGAAAACUGGAUACUUCUGGCGGUGUUUUCCAUACUAUUGAUUAUCAUAUUCAUCUUUGAGUUUUCUGCUGGUAUUGCUGGUUAUGUUCUCAGAGAUAAGACUGUCGCCUACUUAAACUCAACACUAUAUGAAAACCUUAAUACUUACCAGGAUCAUUCACACGGAGUUUGGGACCUAAUUCAAAGUAAUUUCGAAUGUUGUGGAGUGAACGGACCCAAUGAUUGGUUGCCCGUGUUUCAAAAUGGUAGCCUCCCUGUAUCUUGUUGUGGAUCAGUUAGUGGCACAGUAGGAGCCUUUUAUUGCUAUUCAGAUGUCGAAACCACAACUGUAACAGUACCAAUAAGCACUGCCAGUUCAACAGAAAAUACUUCUACCACUAAUAUUACUGAUAGUAAUAUUACUGUUAGUAUAACAGAGAGUUCUACUUCACGUAAACGUCGAGCAGUUUAUUCCAGUCUUAUUCUUAACAAUUCAUCAUCUGUGCCGUGGCAGACAGGCUGCAAAGUAGCUUUCGGGAAUUACAUCAAAUCCCACGCUUUGCAAAUUGGAGGUUGGGCUAUGGGAAUAGCUGUCGUGCAGUUUAUUGGGAUUGUGUUCUCUUGCCACCUUGUCCGGCAACUCAAGAAUGGGUACAGCAGUACAUAAGUACAUCAGGUUGGGUUUCUUUAAUUGUUAAUAGACCUUAAAGGUACUUAAUUUUAUGGAUAAUUGUUGAUUUUUGUGCGUUAUAUGUAAGAAUAAUGUUUUUAGUUCUGUUUUACAUUAAAAAAACUCUUUCUGUAGGCUUGCUUAUGUUAUAUCAAUUAUAGAAAAUGUGAUAAAAUGAAAUAUAUUUUUGUGGAAAUGUACCUUUAGACAAGAAUAUAAAAAAGUUUAACAUUUUUUGAUAUUGUAUAUAAAUAAAUUGUUGAUUUUUGUUCUAAAACCUG